CUGUUUAGGCUCUGGACCCCGCGGCCAUAUAUCUGGCUGAACUGUGGUUUCUCCCCAGGACCUGAUGGAGCUUGAAGAGGACCUUAACGGAAGAGCAGACAACAACUUCUCGAAGAUGGGCCCAAAGAGUAAAAAGGAGAAGAAAGAAAAGAAACCUGUUGUUGGCAUAUUUGGGAUGUUUCGCUAUGCAGAUUGGCUCGACAGGCUGUGCAUGGUCCUGGGAACUCUGGCUGCUGUUGUCCACGGAGUGUCACUUCCCCUUCUGAUGCUGGUGUUUGGACACAUGACAGAUACUUUUACAAAAGCAGGAACCGGUAUUCCACCCAACAUUACUAAUCAAAGUGACAUCAGCACUACCCAGACCCUCAGCAACAGCAGUUUGGAGGAAGACAUGGCCAUGUACGCCUACUAUUACACGGGGAUCGGUGCCGGUGUGCUUGUAGUCGCCUACAUUCAGGUCUCAUUUUGGUGCCUGGCAGCUGGAAGACAAAUACACAAAAUUAGGCAGAAGUUUUUUCAUGCUAUAAUGAACCAGGAGAUAGGCUGGUUUGACGUGCACGAUGUUGGGGAGCUCAACACCCGGCUCACAGAUGAUGUCUCCAAAAUCAAUGAUGGGAUUGGUGACAAAAUUGGAAUGUUCUUUCAGUCCAUAACAACAUUUUUAACUGGAUUUUUAGUAGGAUUUAUAAGUGGUUGGAAGCUAACCCUUGUGAUUUUGGCUGUCAGCCCUCUUAUUGGAUUGUCAUCUGCUAUGUGGGCAAAGGUGCUGACUUCAUUUACUGAUAAGGAGCUCCAGGCAUACGCAAAGGCUGGAGCUGUCGCUGAGGAAGUCUUGGCCGCCAUCAGAACGGUGAUCGCCUUCGGAGGAGAAAAAAAAGAACUUCAGAGGUACAAUAGAAAUUUAGAAGAAGCUAAAAAGAUUGGAAUAAAGAAAGCUAUCACGGCCAACAUUUCCAUAGGUAUUGCCUACCUAUUGGUCUAUGCAUCAUAUGCACUAGCAUUCUGGUACGGGACCUCCCUGGUCCUCUCAAACGAAUAUUCUAUUGGGCAAGUUCUUACUAUCUUCUUCUCUGUGUUACUGGGGACUUUUAGUAUUGGACAUUUAGCCCCGAACAUAGAAGCCUAUGCAAACGCGAGAGGGGCCGCCUAUGAGAUCUUCAAGAUCAUCGAUAAUGAGCCGAGCAUCGACAGCUUCUCCACAAAGGGACACAAACCAGACACUAUAAUGGGAAAUUUAGAAUUUAAGAACGUUCACUUCAGCUACCCAUCUCGAAGUAAAGUUAAGAUCUUGAAGGGCCUCAGCCUGAAGGUGAAGAGCGGACAGACAGUGGCCCUGGUUGGCAACAGUGGCUGUGGGAAAAGCACCACGGUGCAGCUACUGCAGAGGCUCUACGACCCCACAGAGGGCGUGGUCAGUAUCGACGGGCAGGACAUCAGGGCCAUCAAUGUGAGGUAUCUGCGGGAAAUCAUUGGCGUGGUGAGUCAGGAGCCUGUGCUGUUUGCCACCACGAUCGCUGAAAACAUUCGCUAUGGCCGAGAAGACGUCACCAUGGAUGAGAUUGAGAAAGCCGUGAAGGAAGCCAACGCCUAUGACUUUAUCAUGAAACUGCCCCAUAAAUUUGAAACCCUGGUUGGUGAGAGAGGGGCUCAGCUGAGUGGAGGGCAGAAACAGAGAAUCGCCAUUGCUCGUGCACUGGUCCGCAACCCCAAGAUCCUUUUGUUGGAUGAGGCCACGUCAGCCUUGGACACAGAAAGUGAAGCUGUGGUUCAGGCCGCUCUGGAUAAGGCUAGAGAAGGCCGGACCACCAUUGUGAUAGCCCACCGCUUGUCUACAGUUCGUAACGCUGAUGUCAUUGCUGGGUUUGAUGGUGGUAUCAUUGUGGAGCAAGGAAAUCAUGAUGAGCUCAUGAGAGAGAAGGGCAUUUACUUCAAACUUGUCAUGACACAGACUGGAGGAAAUGAAAUUGAACCAGGAAAUGAAGCUUUUGACUCCCAAAGUGACAGUGAUGCCUCUGAACUGACUUCAGGAGAAUCAAAGUACCCUUUAAUAAGGAGAUCAGUAUGCAGAAUUACCCAUGGACAGCAAGACCAAGAGAGAAGAGUUAGCACGAAAGAGUCCUUGGUUGAAGAUGUGCCUCUCGUUUCCUUUUGGCGGAUCCUAAAGCUAAAUAUAACAGAAUGGCCUUAUUUAGUUGUUGGUGUACUUUGUGCUGUUAUAAAUGGAUGCACACAGCCAGUGUUUGCUAUAGUAUUUUCAAGGAUUGUGGGGGUCUUUACAAGAGAUGAUGACCCCGAGACCAAGCGACAGAAUUGUAACUUCUUUUCACUGUUUUUUCUGGUCCUGGGGAUGGUUUCUUUUGUUACAUUUUUCUUUCAGGGCUUCACAUUUGGCAAAGCUGGAGAGAUCCUCACUAAGAGGCUGCGAUACAUGGUCUUCAAAUCCAUGCUGAGGCAGGAUAUAAGCUGGUUUGAUGAUCAUAGAAACAGCACUGGCACGUUGACCACCAGGCUCGCCAGUGAUGCUGCCAAUGUUAAAGGGGCUCUGAGCUCCAGGCUUGCGGUCAUUACCCAGAAUGUAGCAAAUCUGGGGACAGGUAUCAUCAUAUCCUUAGUCUACGGCUGGCAGCUGACACUUUUACUUGUAGUGAUCGUACCGCUCAUUAUAGUGGGUGGAGUUAUUGAGCUGAAACUGUUAUCUGGUCACGCUCUGAAAGACAAGAAAGAACUAGAGGUUUCUGGGAAGAUUGCCACUGAAGCAAUAGAAAACUUCCGCACUGUCGUCUCUUUGACCCGGGAGCAGAAGUUUGAAGAUAUGUAUGCCCAUAGCCUGCAGGUACCAUACAGGAAUGCUUUGAAGAAAGCGAAUAUCUUUGGGAUCACAUUCUCCUUCACCCAGGCCAUGAUGUAUUUUUCCUAUGCUGCUUGUUUCCGGUUUGGUGCCUACUUGGUGGUGCAUCAAAUCAUGACUUUUGAAAAUGUUAUGUUGGUAUUUUCUGCUGUUGUCUUUGGUGCCAUGGCAGCUGGGAAUGCCAGCUCAUUCGCUCCUGACUAUGCGAAAGCCAAAGUAGCAGCAUCACAUAUCAUCAGGCUCAUUGAGAAAGUCCCUGAGAUUGACAGCUACAGCGAGGAUGGCCUGAAGCCCAAUCAGUUAGAAGGAAAUGUGAAAUUUAGCGGAGUUGUAUUCAACUACCCCACCCGGCCCAACAUCCCAGUGCUUCAGGGGCUGAACCUCGAGGUGAAGAAGGGACAGACGCUGGCCCUGGUGGGCAGCAGUGGCUGCGGGAAGAGCACAGUGGUCCAGCUGCUCGAGCGGUUCUACGACCCCAUGGCCGGGACAGUGGUUCUAGAUGGCAAAGAAAUAAAGCAACUCAAUGUCCAGUGGCUCCGACAACACCUGGGCAUUGUGUCCCAAGAGCCCAUCCUGUUUGACUGCAGCAUCGCAGAGAACAUCGCCUAUGGUGACAACAGCCGGGUCGUGUCCCAGGAUGAGAUCGUGAAGGCGGCCAAAGAGGCCAACAUCCACCAGUUCAUCGACUCACUGCCUGACAAAUACAACACCAGAGUAGGAGACAAAGGAACUCAGCUGUCGGGUGGGCAGAAGCAGCGCAUUGCCAUCGCCCGCGCCCUCGUCAGACAGCCUCAUAUUUUGCUUCUGGAUGAAGCAACAUCCGCUCUGGAUUCGGAAAGCGAAAAGGUUGUCCAGGAGGCCCUGGACAAAGCCAGGGAAGGCCGCACCUGCAUCGUGAUCGCGCACCGCCUGUCCACCAUCCAGAAUGCAGACUUGAUCGUGGUGAUUGAGAAUGGCAAGAUCAAGGAGCACGGCACCCACCAGCAGCUGCUGGCGCAGAAAGGCAUCUAUUCCUCAAUGGUCCAGGCUGGAGCAAAGCGCUUGUGAGCUGUGACUAUUUGAGGUGCUAAAUACUUUUAGUAUUGGUGUUUAAAUACAGCUCUUAACUAAAGUUAAAAGGUGAGCACCUUUAAAGGUAAUUUCAUCAAGAUGAGAAAGAACUUUCAGAGACUUUGCAAUUAAAUGAACUGAAAGCAGGGGGGAAAACAUCAUUAAAUGAGGGCAGUGCUUUUAAUUGCAGUAUGUGAUUUUAAAAAUUUGGCAAUUUUGUUUCAAUUUUUAAUUUCCACCAUACUUUGUUAAAUAAUUACAUUUUUUUGGUUGUGAGCCUAGCCCUUAAUGGCUGCACCUUCUCUCCAGCCCUGUUAAAUAAUUAUAAAGACUGUAAAAAGUACU